CCUCUACACACAGCUCACAUAAACUCAGGCCGGAGUCCGCCCCUUUCUUCGUCUUGUAGCUGCGAGAUUCCCUCUCAAAGCAUGCGCCUUAAAAUGAUACCCAGAAAUGGCGUGCUUUCAACAAUCAGCUGCAGAUUCCAUUCUGAGCCGCCUCGGAAUUCCGCUCAGGGUGCUUUAGAACUCAAUGUGCACAAUGACGAGCUUGUAUCAAGAUUGCUUGACAGAAAAUGGGCACUUAGAAGCCCUGCUACCAAAAUUCACCAAAUAAUGGUAUCAAAUCAGUACAUAGAAGAAGGACAUGUUUUUGACAAUGUUUCGUUUGUUAAUAAUCGAAAACCUUCUUUGGGAAAAAGAUUGGUGGACAGUAACCAUUGUCACCCAUCCUUUUAUGUGUUGAGGGAUGACUUGUUGCAUCCCCUGGUGAAUGGUAACAAGGCAAGGAAGCUGGAUGCGGUGCUCCCUCUACUUGAAGAUUGUUCGGUAACUGAUGUGGGAUAUCAUUUUUUGGGAAUCAUCUUACACCCCCCACACGAAGCCUUAAUGAAGGGACCAUAUCAUGAAACUAGUUCUCAUGACGACAUUUUUAGGUUACCUGUGGAGGUUGUCAAAGCGCACAUGCAGCUGCUGUUGCCGUGGCAUGUGCAGAGAUGGGACUGAGGUCUCAUUUACUUCUUCGUGGUGAACAGCCUGAAACUCUCACAGGUUACUGUUUAAUUUCCACAAUGUACGGAAAUGUUACCUAUGUCCCAAGAUCCCUAUAUGCAAAGAGAGAAGAAAUGCUCACAACACAUGCCAAUGAAGUGGCAGGGAUAAAUGGAUCAAUUGUCUCACUUAAUCAACUUGUGAAGACUUCUUUCUAUGAAAAACGAUUAGAUGAACAGCUUUUGGAAGUGGCUGCCAAUAACCGUGCAAGAAGUGAAAAGAAGGUGAUAAUUAUUAAUGAAGGUGCUGGAGAUGCUGUAGGAUUACUAGGUGCCAUUCGCCUUGUAAAGCACUUGUCCCAAGAACAUUUAUUUGGAAGAAAUCAGCCGCUUAAAAUUAUUCUGGAUGCUGGUACAGGUACUACUGCUAUUGGUUUAGGACUUGGUGCUUUUUGCAUGGGGCUACCAUGGGAAAUACAUGCAGUUAUGCUGGCUGACACUAUUGAGGGAUAUAGAGAAAAGGAGAAAAGUCUAGUAUCCGAGUUUCAUGAGAGUUUCAACGUCCUUAAUCUUGACCAAUUGUUGAGCAAAAGAGUUAGAAUUGUUCGCUGGGUCAAGCGCAUUUUUCCAAGAAAAUUUGGCAAUGUGUUGAAAGGUGAAGUUGAGAGAUGCCAAAGAAUUGCGCAGGAGACCGGCAUUCUUGUUGACCCUAUAUACACUCUUGCUGCUUGGGAAAUGGCGAUGCAAUUUGGUGGGGACGAAAGCGCAAAGGCCGUGAUGCUUCACACGGGAGGCACACUCAAUAUGUUUGGGCUGGCUCAACGGUACAGACCGUAUUUUCAAAUGGUGAAAGAAUGAAACUUUUUUAGGAUUGAUUUUUGUCAUUCAAGUUGAUCAUUGCGAUAAAUUACUAUAUUUGGCAUUGGGUGGGUUUGCCAACAUUAUGCGGUUUCAUUGAGUAUUUGAGCUGAUGAAAAGUCUUAAGGAUAUACCGGUUGUGGAGCUCGGCGCAAUAGAUACUUCAUACAAAA